CCUCACUGCCCUCACACCACCUCAGCACCUCUCUUCAUCGGGAUCGCCCUCGCUCGCACACACCGCAUUUCCCAAGGGAACCAGACCGGAGCAUUCCCCUCCGCUCCACAAUCCCUGCGUCGCACCCUAGCCCUCAGCAAACCCUAACAGCUCGUCGCCAUGAAGGACACCUCGUUCAAGGCCAGCGGCGCCAAGCGCAAGAAGGCCGGCGGUGCCAAGCGCGGGAUCACCCCCUUCUUCGCGUUUCUGGCUGAGUUCAGGCCGCAGUUCUUGGAGAAGCACCCUGAGCUCAAGGGCGUAAAGGAGGUGAGCAAGGCGGCUGGGGAGAAGUGGCGCUCUAUGUCGGAUGAGGAGAAGGCAAAGUAUGGCUCUACCAAGAAGCAGGGCGACAAAGCAAGCAAGAAGGAGAGCACUAGCUCCAAGAAGGCCAAAACUGAUGGUCGGGAGGGAGAGGAAGCAGUGAAGUCUGAGGUUGAGGAUGAUGAUGAGCAGGAUGGCAAUGAGGAUGAAAAUGAGUAAAUAGUAGGAUGGGGAACAGCAGCUUUGCAAUUGGGUGUUUGCUUCUUGUUUAGCCUCCAAUGUGCUGUUCCUUUUGCUGUUAUAUAUGCUGUAUGCUGUAAGAAAAAUCUGUACAUGAUGGAACCUUAGGGCUAUGGCAUGCUGGAGUGCCCGUUUAACUAGAGGAGCUGGAUACUCUUGCCAGCCUUGUCAGCAUGUGUAAACUGUUGUUUUUCUUGUUUUAUCGACUAAUUGGGUGACUACCCUUGCAGUUAACAGCAUCUGCUUGUCCCACCUGUGUUUUA